UCAGUAGUGGUUUAUGUGAGGUGUCUGCUGCCCUCGGAAGUGAAAAAUAGUAAGACAAACAGCAAGGACAGCGAUAGCCAAGAACAAGAUAAUAAAAAAUAUAUAAUAUCUGCAUAAGCAGAACGAAAACACUCUCCUAAUACAGGAUAAGAAUAGUUUCAUACACAAUUCAAUAACUACAUUUUCUUUCUACGACUAGAAUUUCUGUUUGCCAUAUUUGGUCAAUUUGAGGAGCAGCUACAGGGCUCGGGUUAGCCACUUCGAAAGGAAGACUACAUUUUAUCAUCUUCCCUUCCUUUACGGAAGAGAAAAGUGAGUUGCACUGGCUGUCAUCUUUCCCAAUGUUAUUUCCGUCAGUGCAAUAACCAGAUACAAGAUGAGGCCAGUCGUGCCCAAGGAUUGUAAUGAUUGAUCCUUGAUCCAAUGCCUUCAAAGUUUCUGCAUUGGACAGGCUACCGUGGACAAUGGCGCCUGCCAUUCCAAUAUUAUUCAGCCGUCCUUAUCUGACACUUCAGCCCUGCUGAAGUGUAGUGUCAGAGAAGGUGCGGUCAGUGAGAAUGGGUCAAGGUCCCUACCUGCCGUGAGAUUGGAGACUUUUAUUGGCACUUUAAUCAAGAGACAGGGCUGAAGAUGGAGAAAGGGGUGGCUGAGAGCGAGAUGGAGGAAGAGACAUGGACUGUAGAGGCAGCUGAGGAGAGCCCUGAAGAGCUGUCCUCAGGUGUUCCUACCCUCUCAUCUUCCACCUCCAUACCUGACCAGUGGGAAGUCAGAGGAGAUGAGGAAACUCAUCAACCAGUUCCCAAAAAGGACAUGACAGACUAUCUCAAAGCUACCCCUCAGGAUAUCCCGACUCCAAUCAACCAGGACUCAGAAGAAGCAGAGUAUUGUGGGAUUUCAGAGGAUGAAGUCUCUCUGAAACAGGAAGGGGCGGAGCAUGUGGUCAGAGAAGGAAAUGAGGAGACUGAGGGUGGAGAUGAAGACGAGAAUGGAGGAGGCCAAAACGAAGUCGGGAGGGAGCCUGGCAUGAACGGAGAGUCUGGAUGGAAGAGCUCAGGGGCCGGAGGGAGGAAAAGCCGUUUCCGGAACAGCGGAGGAGGAGGGGUGGCAGCCUCCGAGCAGAAUACCCAGGCUACAUCAUCAUCCUACCUCCCGAAAGGGUCCCUGUCAUCGGGUGGUGGGAGGCACAAGCAGGCCCGGAGGCGCAACCACCACCACCACCAGGGCCGGGGCCGGCGUCAGACAGGCACCCAGCUUACCUUGGCCUUCAGGGAGCUGCUGUCAGAGUCGCUCAGCCCCUGGUGCAUCUCCUGUAUCCACAUGGUAGUGGAGCUCAUUGUCUCUGUGACCCACCGCUGCGGGGUGGCCGUGGAAGCCGCAGGGGUAGCCCUGUAUGACCUCGGCUCACAGCUGCUCAACAAGGUCACAGACGUGCCGGGAAUGAAGGCGGACGCCCGGCGCGUGCUGGAGAGGGUGAGUUGCGCUGGAACGGUCCUGGUGGAUAAGAGCAUCCGGUCGGUGGAGUGGGUCUGGCAGGUCUCCCUGACCUGCUUCGGACUCCUCUGUGCUGUGGUGCUGCUGGGUUCCCAGUGGGUUCGGUUCACGCUCGUCCGGCUGGGCGGGGAGAGGGGCCAGCGGUGGUGGACAGCCGUGCAGGACUCCAAGGUCUGGAGGAGGGUGGUCUCGCUGGUGCAAAGUAUAAGCGGUUGGUUCAGGAGGAGGAGAGGCACCACCACCCAGGUGCCCCCUUUCACCCCAGAUUCUCCCGGUGGAGCAGUUAGGUACCAGCCUGGGCAGGAGCUGGAGAGACUGCUGGCGCUGGCUCAGGUCCCUGAAGAGGAGCUGGACCCUUUUAUAGUGUUGGGGGUGGAGGCCCACGCAACUGAAGCUGAGCUAAAAAGGGCCUACAGACAGUUGGCUGUCCAGAUCCAUCCAGACAAGAACAAGCACCCGCGCGCUGGGGAGGCCUUUAAGGUGCUCAGGGCUGCCUGGGACAUCGUCAGUAACCCAGAGACACGGAGGGAAUAUGAGCUGAAGCGCAUGGCACAGACGGAACUCUCCAAGUCGAUGAAUGAGUUCCUCACCAAACUGCAGGAUGACCUGAAGGAAGCUAUGAACACCAUGAUGUGUACCAAGUGUGAGGGUAAACACAGGAGGUUUGAGAUGGACCGGGAGCCUGCUGAGGCGCGGUUCUGUGCUGAGUGUAACAGACGCCACAGCGCCGAGGAGGGAGACCUGUGGGCCGAGUCCAGCCUGCUAGGCCUACGCAUCACCUACUUUGCCUGCAUGGAUGGCAAAGUCUACGACAUCACAGAGUGGGCCGGCUGCCAGAGGAUAGGCAUCUCUCCAGACACACACCGCGUGCCCUAUCACAUCUCCUUCGGCUCCAAGAACAACAGUAGCUCCACGCAGCGCCACAGGACACCUCCAGGCCCAGAGCACCCUCCUCCAGGCCCGGCCAACCCUGCUGACCUGCAGAACUUCUUCAACCGCAUCUUCCAAGGGGGACCUCCCCCCGACAUGGCUGCCAACGGGGGUUUCUUUCCCUCAGGACCGACCCCCCACCAGCCCUCUGGUGCUGGACCCGGACCUAGUGGACCUUUCUCCCCUCCUCCACCACAGACUGGCUUCUUCAUGCCUCCGGGAGGGCUCCGGCCGGAGCCCAGUGAGACGUGGGCCGAUAGCGGAGGCAAGCCUCCGCCCCGCAGGAGGAGGAAGGUCCGCAAGCCCUUCCAGAGGUCUUGGCGAAGACUGUGAAACUGUGUGUGUUCGUGUGAGAGGGGACAGGGCUGGAAGAAGCCAAUCAGAAUUUAUGAAUUGCUGGAUCGAACGGCUCAAGCUACAUCCUGGGAGAAGACGGUCUCCAGAGAGAGGGCUGGUCUACCCGUUACUGCUUUGACACACCCAUCCUUCCGCCCAUUGCCUUCUUUGAUCAAUUGUUACCUGGUUAGAUUAUCAUUUGAGCAACUGAUUUUCUGCAAUUUUUAUUACUUUUAAUGAAGUUAGAGUGGACGUUUGCAUAGUUGUGACAUUUGUCACUAUUGGAAAGUAAGUUGGUGAGUGAAAGUUGUCUCUCUGCCAAAUGUAGAUAUCAACUCUGUCUAGAGUACAGUGAAUACUUUAAUCUGUCUCUCAACAAAUUGAAUCCCACGUAGAAGCACUAUGAUGAGGCGUCAGACUUAAGCAGGUUCACAUUAAAAUUAAGACUGUUAUAUUGUGAGAGUCAAGGACCUAGGCUAUUUACUGCUUUCAGUCCCUAAGUAUUGGUGUUAUUGUCUGGACGGCAUCCUUUGGAUCAAGAAAAAGCUAUUUCAGCUCCUAAUUGCAUCUCGGCACCCUUUAAAGAUUGGAGGUAACAAAGUUCCAUUGAGAACACAAUGACUGUGCAGUGUAAAAGAUUAGUUAUCAGAGGCUACUCUUUGACAUUUACUUUCCAACUGUUUAAAGGUUGAUUGAAAGACAGGGGAGCUGAAUGUCAACAGUAACAGUUCUAUUACCACCACAUUUUAUUUCAAAGAAAAGCUACCACUGCCUUUGCUUUCACCCCACGCUCAGACAAUAUACUCCAGAUUGAAGAGGGAUAGAGCGAACAGAAUUCAGAUCUCUAACAAUGUCUCUACUCAUUAUGGCAAAUUAUUGUUUUUCCUGUGGAGAUGGCGUAUUGGAAAUAAAUGUGGUAAAAUUGUCUAAUUCCUCUUAAAUGUUAAGAGGUCUGGGGCAAUAUGAAUCAAGCUUCUCAGAGUAGGCGUGCUGAUCUAGGAUCAGGCCUGUCCAUGAAAAGGCUAAACUGAUCCUAGAUCAGUGCUGCUAUUCUCAGACGCUUAAUGAAUACGGGCCCUGGUAUCAGUUCCAUUAGCCUCUUGUUGGUUGUACUUUUGAUUUGUGUCAUUCUGUGGAUGUUGGGAGAUUAAGUAGUACCUAGGGUCCCUUGUUGCACAUGUUUAUUUGCUCUCUUUACAGUGAAAAAAAGAAUGCAAUUGUCCACAUAAUUGGAGGUAUUAUAGGAGGUUUAAUUUAAUCUCAGUUUUAGGCUGAAUUGCUUGCGCUGUCAAUUAUGUUUUAGAUACCCUAGUUGACUUGAGAAUGUAUGGCUUAAGUAGCAGCCUAAAACGGCAAGUCAACUAACGGCUCCCAGCGUGGUAGAGCUGGGGGACCUGCUAAUCCCAGAUUCAUUUAAUUUUUCCCCAUUUAUAUUUUUAAACAGUAUAUGCAAAAAAAAGAUUGCAAAAAAUCUGACAAUCGGGGGUUAAAUGUGCAUUUCAAAAAAAAAUGUUUUGGGGGUAGGAAAGUGUGAGUUUAUUGCAAUUGUGAAACAUCACUGUUCAGUUGAUUUGAGCUUUUUUCUGGAUUUCAUAGUAAAGUUGAUUUCCUACAGAUGGA